AUGGCAUCGCAUAAUGUCCAUGGUGACAUAAAUGAUUUGGAGAUGAUUCGGCUCACAACGCUCCUCUGCCUAGGUCUGAUCCUAGUGGUCAUYAUCUCUGCAAAAAAACACAACUAUGACGAUGUUGGUCGAACAAUUUCUAUAGAGAUUCCAAGCCGUAGCAAAUCUAAAGGACGUCGCCAAGAUGUGUCCGGAUACUUUUCGCCCCCUUCUUAUCACUAUUCACCCUAUCCGAGCUGUUAUUGCCCGCCGGGCCCGCCGGGUCCACCUGGGCCUGCAAGUCCUCCUGGGAUUCCCGGUAGACCUGGUAUUCCCGGUCAGCCAGGCGUUCAGGGUCCAAUGGGAAUCAAGGGUGAUACCGGCCCUACUGGUCAACCAGGAGUUAAGGGGGAAAAGGGCGUGAUGGGUCCGCCGGGUCCACCUGGGCCUCGAAGUCGCAAUGGAACACCCGGUAGAGAUGGUAUUCCCGGUCAACCAGGCGUUCAGGGCCCAAUGGGAUACAAGGGUGAUGCAGGCGUUCAGGGUGCUCCGGGCGCUAAGGGCGAUAAGGGUAACACGGGUGCAAUGGGACCACCAGGUUUUCGUCGACGGCGCAGAGAUAUCAAUGGUCAAGCUGUCCCUAUUGAGGAGGCAGAAGAGAUCCGUGUAUUAAAAGGAGAUCCCGGACUUAGCGGUGAAAAGGAACAGUUAGAUGGCUCAUCCCGUACCGAUGACAAUCCUGAACUGCUCGAUCUGCCAGUGGACAGAGAUAUAGUACCGAUUGACGAUUCAAGCGAAAGCAGAGCAACAUGCGUAAGGUUGUAUUUGGCAAUAGUUGGUGGAUCGAGUGUGCCCACCCGUAAUCAUAACAGCAACGGUGUUGGAAGACAUAUUACACUUCAAGUGCCAGCUUCCGCUCCUGCACCUGCUCCUGCUCCAGCGCCAUCUCCACCAAAUGUGAUUAUCAAAAGGCCUGCCCACUAUCAUCCACCACCGCCACCGCCGCCGCCAGUUUUUUUCCCACCGCCGCCGCCGCGUCCACAUCAUCAUCAUCAUCAUCCGCCACCUAAAUGUAAUUGUCCGCCUGGCCCCCCCGGUCCACCGGGUCCUCCCGGACUCCCAGGCAUGACCGGAAAACCAGGACGUCCAGGCGACAAGGGUGAUAAGGGUGAUGAUGGCCUGAAGGGUGAUAAAGGAGACACGGGCGCAAGGGGCGAUAAGGGUCCUGCUGGUCCACAAGGAAUUCAGGGACCACAGGGGCCACAAGGGCCGCUGGGUCCACCCGGAGCUCCAGGCUCCCAAGGAGCUCAAGGACCUCCUGGCCCCCAAGGCUCCCAGGGACCUCAAGGUUCACCAGGAACACCUGGUAUACCAGGACCUCAAGGCGCUCUAGGACCACCAGGUUCCUCUGGAUCUCCUGGCUCGCCUGGGUCUCCUGGCUCCCAAGGCCCACCAGGACCCGCAGGACUCCCUGGAAAGCCGGCGUCACCUGUGUGGAGAACACCACCAUCAUCAUCACCAUCAUAA